CUCAUCCUGAGCCGUUUGAUCCCAAACUCAGUCUUUUGCCCAAAAUCCACAACCUAUUUACCCCUUCAGUCACGGCGAGACUAACAUACUAGACUAUGGUAUACCCUCCAAAUUUUCAAGCUCUCCUCCUCUUUUCUCUUCAAAUUCACACAACUACAAAAAGGCCCUAAUUCCUAUUCUAUUUUCAUUUCCAUAACAAAUUCUUCAUCAUCAGCAGCAGCUCAAAACGAAAGAAAAGAAUACUCUCCCUCACAUCACUUACUAUACAAGUAUUGUUUCUUAAACAAAAAAAUGAAGAGGCUGAAGAGCUAUUACAUCAAUUUGAGACACUCACAACCGCACACGAUGGAAAGGAAAUGGAUCUUCCCUUUGGCAAUAGGCUCAAUAGUUUCGCUUUUCCUUCUCUUCCUCUCCACGCUAACCUCACCCGACGGUUCACCGUUCCUCCCGUUCUACCGCUCGAUCACGGCGUCGAGCUCCGUCUUCGUCGAGUCCAAGCUCCACGUCAUCCCUACCCCUGCAAUCUCUCUGCCUCCGCCGCCGGAGCCGCCUCGGCUCGCUUACCUGAUCUCCGGCUCCAACGGCGACGGCGACAUGCUGAAGCGGACCCUGCUAGCUCUCUACCACCCUCGGAACCGCUACGUGGUCCACCUCGACCUCGAGGCCUCGGUCCAAGAGCGAUCCGAUCUGAACCGGUUCGUUUCGGAGCACCCGGUUUUCGCUCGGUUCGGGAAUGUGAAGAUGAUCGCUAAGGCCAACCUCGUUACCUAUAGGGGUCCCACCAUGGUCGCGAACACGCUCCACGCCGCCGCGAUUUUGCUGCGAGAAGGUCCGGACUGGGACUGGUUCAUCAAUCUCAGCGCCUCUGAUUAUCCACUGGUCUCUCAAGACGAUCUGCUGCACACAUUUUCGUACUUGCCAAGGGAUCUCAAUUUCAUUGAUCAUACAAGUAACAUUGGGUGGAAAGAGUAUCAGAGGGCGAAGCCGAUAAUAGUAGACCCGGGGUUGUAUAUGACGAAGAAAGCAGAUGUUUUUUGGGUUACACAACGUAGAAGUGUGCCAACUGCAUUCAAGCUAUUUACAGGUUCUGCUUGGAUGGUACUUUCUAGGCAAUUCAUUGAUUACUGCAUAUGGGGAUGGGACAACCUACCUCGAGUUGUCCUCAUGUACUAUGCAAACUUUAUAUCUUCCCCAGAAGGAUACUUCCACACUGUAAUCUGUAAUGCCCAAGAAUUCAGGAACACAACUGUGAACAGUGACCUCCACUUCAUAUCAUGGGAUAACCCUCCCAAGCAACAUCCCCACCACCUCAACAUUGAUGACAUGCAAAGGAUGAUUAACAGUAAUGCUCCAUUUGCACGGAAAUUUCGCCAAGAUGAUCCAGUGCUUGACAAAGUUGAUUCGGAACUCUUGUCUCGGGGUCCAGGCAUGAUUGUUCCAGGCGGUUGGUGCAUAGGAAGUAGGGAAAAUGGGACUGAUCCAUGCUCUGUUAUUGGCAAUACCACAGUCCUCAGGCCCAGUUCUGGAGCCAAAAGGUUGGAAAGUUUGAUCGGCUCUCUAUUAUCGAGUGAGAAUUUCCGGCCAAGGCAGUGCAAAUAAAGCAUCCAAAACUACAAUAGUAAGCACCUCUUGCGCCAAAUGAGGUGGUCUAUAUUUGACAUGGAAGACAGUAUAGUCAGGGACUUAGCAUGUGUUAUUAGAAAAAGAAAAUGGCUGAAAGUAUACACAACUCUGGAUUAUAGAGUAGCAUGAAGGAGAUGGAUUUGGUGAAGUGAUGUGAAUUACAUAGAUUUGGUGAAACGAUAUGAAUUACAGAGCUGGGAUUACUACCUGCUGUAAUGACACAGUUUACACGGCUGAACUGGUUGUGUAGCAUUCCCUUUCCUAUUCUUCUUUCUUUUCCUUCCCUUUUUUUUCCCUCUAAUUUCAAUUUUAAAUAUCCAGCCAUUUCAUAUCAAA